AUGUCCAUCAUGUUCCUCGCGAUGUUCCUAUCUUCGACCAUUCGCUUUCACGUCACUUGCGAGCUAUUCAAGCCCGCUAACACGGACAGCUACUCGAAUCUCUACCCUAUCGUCGAGAAAUGGGCCAGCUUCAGUCACACGAAAAUGCUGACAGUAGUGUUCGACGAUUACGAGCUCGAACAAACGUUCCAAGUACCUCGUACAAUCCUGAACAACCUAAACAUCUCUACGAAACUGGUCAGCCUGAAACACCUGAUCUCCUUAAAAGACACGAACAGAAAUCGCGACUAUCAAACCAUAGAAUCCGGAAGUUGCGUUCUUCUACUAUUCUCAGACAUGGAUCAUCUAAGGGACAUCCUAAGCUCGCCUCAUCUCGUCUCUUUCUGGCAUCCGGAGAACUUCUAUCUUCUUCAAGAACAGAAAACACAGAUCUCCGAGGCUUUCGAUCACGAGAGAUUCUGCAUAUGGGCGUUCGAGAGGUUAUGGCGAUUCCGACGAGUCUACAAACUCCUACUGUUCACCGGGGACAAAGUGAUCAGAUACGAUCCGUUCGAUUACGCCGGUCGUCACGCUAAAUACUACGUUAACAGCAGCUGCGACUGGCGUUGCAUCAAAACGAACGAGGACAGUUUCUUGAUAGUGAACAGAUCGAGCAGGAUCGAUAUCGGUGAUUUCUUCGAGGAGAGCCAGAGGAGAGACUUCAACUCCUGUCCGCUGAAGAUCUCUAUCUUUAAAACCUCCACGAUGCAUCUGGUGAACGGCGAAUUCACCGGUUUCGAUUACAAAUACGUCGAGGAAGUGUGCCGAAUGAUGAGCGUGACGCCUGUAUUAGUCAGAUCCAAGGACAAAUUUGGUUGGGAGGAGAACGGUGCUUAUUACGGAACGCUUGGACAUCUAGUCUACGAAUUCGCCGAUGUUUCUUUCAACCAGUUCUUCGUCAAGGAUUAUCUCACGCGACAAAUGGAGUUCACAACUUCCAUUACCAGCGAUAAAUUAUGCGUCCUCGUGCCGAAAGCCUCUCCCGUCCCGGAUUACCUCGUGAUCAUCAAGAUCUUCAGGGAGGUCUUCGAGAAGGCGAGAAAAGGUGGGAGAGAACUUUUCUGCUGCGAAUUUCUCCCUGAUUCGUACUUCCUCGAGGAUCGAGAAGUCGGGACAGCAGGGAGAGACCUGGAGAAAGAUCGAUACGACGAUUCGCGCGGCGUUCAGACGUACGAGACGAUGCGAAACAUUCGAUUGACGUGGAAAACGGAGAUGGAGGAGACACAUUCGAGACGAUUCAAUCAGAUCUUCCUGUCCCAUCUCGCCUCCGUGGCUAGAUACUUGAUGAAGGUGGUUCUCCAGUUGAUGCAACCUUUCGAGUCAGGUAAACCAUGGUUUCCGGAGAGGUUGCUGCUGAUGUGCAGUUUGUUUCUCAGCCUGAUACUGAAUGGAGUGCUCACGUCACAGCUGGCGUCUACUUUCAGCAAACGAAUGUAUUACAAGGACAUUGACACGUUGGAGGAGCUCGAGGAAAGCGGUCUGGCAAUUUUAACUAAUUCGAGAGACGUGAUAGACGAUGCGUUAACAGACUCCACGUCGCCGGUGAUAAAUAGACUUCACGUGAGAUUGGAAUACGCGAACGUUACGGAGAUACAUAGAAGAUUAUUCGAGACGAAGGAUGCUGGUUAUCUUCACAGAUUGUCGACUGUGACUUUAAAGUACGACGAGCACCAGUUGGAGAAGCUUCAUAUUGUUAAAGAGUGUCCUAAGGAUUAUAUUCUCGCCAACGUGAUGACGAAAGGAUCGCCGUUCCGCGGCCGCAUAAACAACGUGAUGGCCAGGUUGAACAACGGCGGUUUCUACGGAAAAUGGUACCAGAGCCUUUACCAAGCGAAGAAACGAGUGCUUCUACGGGGAACGACGAUGCAUCGAAAGAUCACCAUUCAACAUUUGUUCAUCCCUUUCGCGAUACUUUACGUGGGUCUGGCGACCAGUACGAUAGCGUUCGCCAGGGAAUGCAGGCGGAACAACGUUGGAUAA